AUGAAAUGGGAGAUGGAGAUGGAAGAGGUGGAAGCCGUUCUCGAGAAGAUUUGGGACUUGCACGAUAAGCUUAGUGAUGCUAUUCACUCCAUUUCCAGAUCUCAUUUUCUUCAUUCCGUCAAAGCCUUACGCAGUUCCAACGAUCUAUUCGACCGUGCUGCAGAUAACAACAAGAAAGUCUCCGAUGGUGAAGUGAAAGGAGGUUUCGUUUACGUUAAAGACUUCCCGAUCGAGGAAGAUGAUCACUCGGCUAUUCAUGAGGCCAAGAGUUUGAAUUCUAUUCGUACCGCUCUAGAGAACCUCGAGGACCAGCUUGAGUUCUUUCAUACUGUGCAAACACAACAACGGGCAGAGAGGGAUGCUGCAAUUGCUCGGUUAGAAGAAAGCCGGAUUGUGCUUGCAUUAAGAUUAGCGGAUCAUCAUGGAAAAAACUACAAAGUCAUAGAAGAAGCAAGGGCUUUUGUCGGACAAGUACAAAACCACAGCUGUUCCUAUAACAACAUAGAGAAGAAGUCAAACAUUCUGGUCAAUGUCGUGAUUUCUAGUUUUAAUUUUGCAAAAAAGUCCCUGAAAGUUGAUCAUGUUGGCGGUUUGUUUGGGAACGCGGCUUUAUUUGCGGUUAGCAUGCUGGCGUUGUUGCAUCUUCAUCAGGUAGCUGAUAGGGAUAGGGAUAGGGACCACCAUGGUUACAUCUCAGAUCUCCAUCAAGUUAAAGUUAAUACAAAUGUCACAAAAGUUUAUAUACCCGAAGGGAGUUCUUCAAAUGGUCUGGACGUUUUAUCUGCCAGAGGUUAAAAACUAAAAAGACAACUACUACUACUACUACUAUCUCAAACUCUUUUGAGUGUUUCUUUUUUUUCUUUUGGCAAAUAGCAAUCUGGCGUUGUAUUAGAAUGUCUCUAAGUGUAGGUGUUGAUUUACUCUUUUCCUAAAUUUGUAUAUUUUUAGGCUGCAUUUUGUUUGGUGUGCAUAACAAGGAUUGAACAUUUGAACUACGAUGGAUGGGAACUUUACUUACUCCUUUUUUCCCCUUUUUAACACAUGGACGUUGACAGGGAGGCAUAUGCCAGUGAAAUUUGAGAGUAGAUGUUGCAUGUGAAUAUGAUGGGUUUAAUUUAAUAUUGUC